AUCCAUUCCAGAACGGAAGCCGCGCGUUCCUGCCCCGUGCAGUCAUCGCUUACUCAGGAUUCAGUAGAUGAGCGGGAUGGAUGAAUGAAGGUGUCUCGCGCCAUUGGAAUUUUGUGGGCGGCGAAAGAGUGGAAGAGAAAGUAAGGAACAUGAUGUAACUUUUUUAUGGACCUCGCCAGACUCUGGAACCGUGUAGCCUAUAUAUAAGGGAGGUGAUGGAGAGAUGAUGCACAGAUCAUCAGGGAGCUGAGCAGGCAACACCAAUCGCUUUGGGAAAUUGGGACUCUAAUUAACCACAGAGACAACUACAUAUCACCACUGACAGCCUUACAGCAAAACGCGCAACCGACGAGAAGACACAAACUUCCAGAUCACAGACAUCAUGGGACUGCUGCUUGUUGAAGAGCUGGUCACUGGGAAGAGAGGCGAGGGAAAGGUGUCAGGAGGUGCCUGUGCAGAGGUGUUUGGUGCAGGAGAAUAUGAAACCAGCAUCAUCCAGGAAAAACAGGAUGGACUUCAAACACAACAGGACCUGAAUGACACCACCCAGAAUGACAUCAGACCAUGUGAAGAGAACCUCAAACUCAAUGUUGACCGAUCAGGACAGCUAAAACUAGAAACUGUAGAAGACCUCUUCAAUAUUUUGCAGCUGAGGAAGAGGAGAAAGGAAAGGAAGAGUCAAAUGCCAAAGAAACAGCCAGAGCCUGAAAUCCUGCCUGAAACUGUGGACCAGGCUUUGUUCCUAAAGGCUGUCACAGAGAAUAAAAUGCCUGUUGUUGAGAAAUAUUUAGCAGAUGGUGGAGACCCCAAUGCCUGUGAUCAUUUUAAGCGCUCAGCUCUGCAUAAAGCCAGUGCUCAAGGUCACAUAGAGAUAAUGCAGAAGCUCCUGGAGAGUGGAGCAUCCAUGGAUCAAAAAGACAAGCUGGAUGCCACAGCUGUGCACUGGGCCUGUAGAGGUGGAAGCCUGCCUGCCCUGGAGCUGCUUCUCAAUAAAGGAGCCAAAUUCAACUCCAGAGACAAGCUAUGCAGCACACCCCUCCAUGUUGCAGUUCGGACGGGACAUUACGAAUGUGCUGAGCAUCUCAUUCACUGUGGAGCUGAUGUUAAUGCGAAAGACAGGGAGGGAGACACACCAAUGCACGACGCAGUGAGGAUAAACAGAUUUAAAAUGAUAAAACUGCUGAUGAUGUAUGGAGCCAGUCUAAAUGCCAAAAACAAUGAUGGAAAGACACCAAUGGAGACUCUGCUUUCAUGGCAAAAAGGUGUGAAAAACAUCCUGAAUAACUUAAAUGAAGAGGAAGCACCAAAUCCAAAUGAACAUUUUUUUAACAUUCAUCUUAAUGCUGAAGUGUUAUAAAAUGCUUUUUCUUUUUCAUUCAUUCAUUCUUUCUUUCUUUCUUUCUUUCUUUCUUUCUUUCUUUCUUUCUUUCUGUCUUUCUCUCAUAUUAAAUGUUAAAUUGAACAGUUCUUGCAAUUUACAUAAUGAUGAUGCUAAUUGCUGGCGAUAGAGCGUCUGAAAUAUUGAUGAGGUUUUUUUGUAAAUAUUGUUUUCUCACUUGUCUCAAUGGAUUUUGAGAGCAAAGAAUCUUCGGUGAGUGGCACAAGGCAGUAACAUGUGUGAGUUGUUGUAUGUUUGUUUGCUUGUUCAGGGUAAUUAUUUAAUAUUAUUUUAAUUUCAUAACUUGUGACUGCAUUUUAAAAAUGUCCAUGGCAGUUUGAGCUACUGAAAAAAAUGUCGAAAGACUAGAGGCAGAACUACAAAUGUUCAGAAAUGGAACAGAAUGUGAAUGCUGGUCUGAGAAUGUUUAUUAUGAUGGAUAUUGUUGUAAUUAAAAAUGUAAUUAUGGACUGGAUUUGUGAAAGACAUUGGCACUGGGUCCAUGGACAUCCCUUAUGAAAUGUGCAUUGGUAUAUGUGUUUUGUAAAUCUUUCUUUUAAACCAUUAAAUAUAAUUGUGAAUCA